AAGCGGCAAUAAAACUUUUCACAUAGACUCAAACGCGUAUUUUGUGGCAGCUCUCUGAAAAGUGUGAUUUUUUAUUUUUUUUGGGAUUGUGCGUAUAAUUUAAUUUGAACGGAGGCUGCAGGGACGCGGAGUCAGCGGCUCUCUGUCAAACACAGACUCGUUAAAGGUGUCAACAAAUCGUGGACUGACUGAAUUCACUAAAUAUCCACCGGUGUUUGUUUUAACUCUAAGUAUUGCGGCUUUUUAGACUCUCUUGCGUGUUUCAGGAUGAAUGAAGAAGAGCUGGUGGAGUACUUCAGGGCUCAGAUGAGGAAAGACCCGGACAUGGCCUCUGCUGUGGCCGCUAUCCGCACUCUGCUAGAAUUCCUCAAGAGAGACAAAGGGGAAACCAUCCAGGGCAUGAGGGAGAGCCUGACGGGGGCCAUAGACUGCCUGACAGGAGUGGACUCCUCCGUGGCCGUGUCCUCAGGAGGAGAGCUCUUCCUGCGCUUCAUAACUCUCACAUCACUGGAGCACCAGGAUCUGUCUCGCUGUAAGAAGGUGAUGGAGGAGAGAGGAGAACUGUUUUUAGAGAAGAUCUCAAUGUCCAGGGCCAAGGUUGCUAAGCUCUGUCACACCUUCAUCAAAGACGGCGCUAAAAUCCUGACUCACUCGUACUCCAGAGUCGUCCUCCGGGUGCUGGAAAAAGCUGCAGCUGAGAAGAAACGCUUCUCUGUCUAUGUGACUGAAUCGCAGCCUGACUCAGCCGGACGACAGAUGGCAGAAGCCCUGAGGAAACUCAACGUUCCAGUCACAGUAGUCCUGGAUGCAGCUGUGGGGUAUGUCGUGGAGAAAGUAGACCUAGUUAUCGUCGGUGCAGAGGGAGUUGUUGAGAGCGGAGGGAUCAUCAACAAGAUUGGCACUUAUCAGAUGGCCGUGUGCUCUAAAGCUCACAACAAGCCCUUCUACGUCGUGGCAGAGAGUUUCAAAUUUGUCCGUCUCUAUCCGCUCAACCAGCAGGACGUGCCAGAUAAAUUUAAGUACAAAGCGGAUACCCUGAAGACCUCACAGAACCUGUCAGAGGAGCAUCCGAUGAUCGAUUACACACCUCCCUCCCUCAUCACCCUCCUCUUCACCGACCUGGGAGUCCUCACCCCGUCUGCUGUCAGCGAUGAACUCAUCAAGCUUUAUUUAUAACUGGGCCUCACAACUUUCAAUAAAUGAAAAAGUGAACAAAUGUCA